AUGGCGCCAACAUUCUUGCACCAUGACGAGUUCACUACAGUUGCUGAACAGUACAAAGACACUCUAAAGCUUGAAACCGUCAGAGUGGCAAUGAAGGAGGCGGAGCAUCCGAGCCAAAGCGAUGCUGCAAGGUAUUUCACCGCUUUCGAGCUCGACAAGGAUGAAAAGAUCGUUGCAUCAAAGCACUACUAUAAGUGA